CAGAGAACGAGGACGACAGCGACAGGAGUGGCAUUACAGCUAGUACAACUCGUAGUAAAAGAACGUCAGAGCUGCAGACGUGUUGCUUGUUUUCCAAGUCGUCCUGUUGUAAAGGAGACUGUUGCAGCGAGCUUUUAUCGAAUUCGAAGUCUUUCCUCAAAGCACGACUACCGUGUUGUCAGACGGCUCUUGCGGUGGUCCGGAAGAAGGGGAUGAGGUUCCAAAAAGCCUGUAGACUUAGGGCUCAAGAAUACAAACUUAUCGCUAUUCGUUUCCACAACAAGUCACUUGCUUCUUGCAAUUGAUUCUGAGAAAAUGAAACCGCUCCGGUGGUAGAGAAGGUUGAUUGUGUAAAUUUUUAGAAUUUUUAGAAUUCUUUUGAGUUCUAAGAGACGACACAGACGCCGGACUCGACGUCGUUGUGCGCGACGUUGCUCGUUGGAACGCUGUGCCAAGAUCUUGCGGAAAUGCGUCCGGGAUAUACGACGGACAUUCCGACAGGCACUGCGAAGAGGCGAAUGCCCUUGUUCCUGUCGUCGAGUCUUAGGUUAAGAGUUGAGACAUUUCAUAUUUCUUGUACGCUAUAUUGGACACACUUAGAAGACUUGGCGAAAUGUGUCAAAUAUGUAAGACAAAUAUGAAUUGUUUCAGCGUUCAAUUAGACGCCUCAAAGUGCAGCUGGGAUACGGGGUUGGUAUGUUAAGGCUUGCUUUUAAGCUCGAUGGAGGACCAAAUAGUAGACUUAGAAGAUGGGUCAGGGUCUAUUAUACCUGUACUUGGAGUCUCUGUACUUGUCAAAAAUUAAGCUGCUACCCAUUACUCAUUCGAAGACACCUCUGCUCAGUUACCUCUGCUCAGUUCAAAAGGUACGCUUAGAUGUAUGAUUUUGCUUGAUGUACUAAUGGUGCUGUUUUUUAGCUAACACGGAGCGAACACAUAACUGAUUGCGCUGUGGUUUCCGGCCUAGGAAGCACCUCUAGGAAGCAUCUAGAUCUAGGAUGAAUCUUAGUUCUAUCUAAUUAUGGUGCUGUGGUUCGCGUAGGAACAGAAAUGGUGGCAAUCCCAAUUGCCUUGAGUGGACUCACAAACUAUGUGAAUUCUUCGGAGCAUGGUGCGAACGCGGGUGUGUCCCCGAAGACUCUCUUCGGUCUGGGCUGUGGCUACGUUGCAACUAUCGACGCACCAUGCGCGACCUCUGCUACUGCUAAGAGCGGCAGAAGUGAGAAGAUAAAGAUUGUUAAGUUUUUAAGUUUUUUUAUUGAGUUUUUUAUUAAGUGUUUUCAUCAAGUUUUUACGCAUCAUCCUCGGAGUCGAGCAGGUGUUCGAUGUGCGGGGUCCAUAACCUAACCUAGCCUAAAUGUGAAGGAUCCAUAACCUAACCUAACCUAAAUGAUCAUGAUUUCUAAGGUUGUUUGACAAGGUUAUAUACAAAGCUCUUCCCGUUCACGGUUUUACAACAUCAGCACGUGACUGUUUCUUCGUUGUCCUCCACCAUGGACUACCCAAUGGCAAUCCUUAGAGUUCAAAGGUAACCCCUCUACGUCUAGUAGAGAUUAACAAUUAUGAAGCCAGCUCUCUAAAACUAUGGAAAUCGAGAUCAUAUUUUAUCCUUCUCUAACACAAUGCCAGCUGCCUCACAGUUGACUGCUCUCACUGGCGAAUCCCAUCGCUUUCCUGGGCUAUGGAGCGUCUUUUACGUGUUUCCGAAUUACAUCCCUCACCACCAUCCUUGGCCCCUUUUCAAGGGGAAAAUAGAACAGGCCAAGGAUGUUCUCAAGAAUGCAGCCCGGCAACCUUUAAGUUUACUUUUCUGUGAGGAAUUCCGCGACUUUAGUAGAGCGCAUCGCCGUCGCCCCCGCUGGCACCUGUGGAUGAACUGCCUCUGUUGUUGUGGCAGAUUGGGACAGAAUCUGCAGCUCUGCGGCCCCUGGGAAAAGAAAGCGUUUGCAGGCUUUCUGAAGAGCUUACUUUUAAGGAUGCCACUGCCAUCUAGUUCUAGUUCUAGUUCUGGUGCUACGUCUCUCGUACUACGUCUUUGGUUCUACGUCUUCAUCUUCCAUUCUCACAUAAUCACAGAAUGUAACCCUGUAUAACAAUCUAUAUCAAUAUCUUAGUAGUCACCGCCUCGGGUAUCGUCGGUGACUUUCGUAGUCACCCAUCAUCCUCGGAGGCGAGCAACGGGUGCUUGUGGGGCUCGUUGUGAAGGAUCCAUACCCUAGCCUAACCAUCUUCUAACUUCGUUCGGUACACCCUCGUCUUCCAGUCGCCCAGCGACUACGAAUGGAAUUCCCAGGCAAGAAGAAGAGCACAUGGAUGGAGUUCAUCUUCGCGGAACUCCAAUGUACUCGGCUUUGCGCAGAGAUCAUGUGCCUUAUGUUGCACGGGAAGAGCCUCACACGGAUUUUCGCGACUUGACGAGGCCCUUUGAACAACAGGCAGGAUCACUGAACUAUGGGCCACAGGAGCUGCGACUAAAUGAUUCGGUCGCGGGGGAUCAUGUUGACAACCCUUUUAUUACGGGCACCGCCAAUCCAUCUUUUACAGCAUCUGUUAGCACCAGUUUGCUACUUGAAAAAAGCUAAAAGAUGCUCAAAAAGAUGGGCUCUUGGUGCCUCCAAUUUUAUCUGCUGCAGUGCAGAUCGUUUUGCGCGUUUGUGGUGCUGUUGCCUCAACAGUGCAGUGGCAUCUUCCGUUUCUUGCUGUCUACUAGGAACCACGUGUCCGGGACCUGACAUCUGGGCUGGCGAUAAUUCUUCUAUACCUAGGCAAAUGCUAUGAAAGGAAAAAGUAUACUCAUACUCAAGGAAAAGUAUUCUCAUACUCGAGAAAUUAGGCAGGUUCUAAUUAGGAAAUCAAGAAGACGUAUACUCAUACUCAAGAAGAAGUAUACUCAUACUUAGGCAGGUUCUUGGUAGGACAGAGCCUCCUUUCUUGAACACUUUUUCCUGUCAUACCUCCUAGACACGGGUUACUUGGACAACCCGCUCUGUGGUUCCGGCCAUGCAGGCUGUUGUCCUCCACGUGCCGACUCCGCGUCGAUGCCUGCGUCCAGGAUGUUGCUUUCUUCGAGUGCCCCAUCGUUCUCCAGUUCAAUCCGUCCUCUGUCGGAGGAAACGGUGUCAGCUUGUUGCUGCUUCAAUGAUCAACGACUUCGUACAGCCGCAGGAGCUCUUGUGGGAGGAGGAGGAGGAGGAGGUGCUUCUAGUAUUAAGGGUUGAAGCAUUUCAUUUUUACAAGCCUUUUUUACUUGAGAUGAUUGCUACUUAAAAGUGAAAUGAAAAUGUUUCAACCUUUAAAAAUAGGAGUCCAUUAGCGAAUUCUGCCCGUUAUGUUCUCUCGGCAGUGGGGUGCGAGCGGUUGGCUUGUGCUCUUUUGUGCACUAUGGGCGCUACUUUAUGCUGCGAGGCGUCACUCCACAAAGUGGCUGAAGCAGCAGCACCAAGGCAAAUACAAAUUUAGGGCUACAGUUUUUAUUACUAUCCCAUGUGAACUUUUAGUGACGGUCAUGACCCUGAGCCAAAUACCAGAGGGAGCCGGGCCCUGACUGAUUUUUCUAGUUAGGUCUGCUCCACCAACCAAUGCUAUGUCAUGUGAACCAUGCUGAGUGGAGUUCCCACCUUUGAUUCUAACAAAUGCUGAACAUUGCUGCCUGGGAAGAAACAUCGGACGAAGAGGAAACGGAAUCGGCUGAGGUCUAGAGGGAUUAGACUCAUCUGAUCUUCGUUCCAACUAGAGCCUACUCUAUAGCUAAACUAAGGUGAAGUGAGGCCACAACGUAUCUAGUGAAGAGAUUAGACAAAAAUAAUCUAGUGUAUUGAGCCGUACAACACUUGUCGCUCUUGGAUGAGAAAGUUUACAUCUAGGCAGGACAUGGUCUUCGGACGAAGCUCCACUAGACUAUUUGAGGUUCCACUAAGCUAUUUGAGGUUCCACUAUGCUAUUUGAGGUUCCACUAAGCUAUGUGAAGUUCUAAUAACGUAGUUGUUCUGGCUAGAGUAGUCGUAAAAGUCCGCUGCUUGUUAAAAAUCUAGAGAAACGUCAUGCUCCAUGUCAUGUUUUGCACUUCUAGAGAGUUCACAUGAAGUGCAUGACCAGGAGGAUAAUGAUGGCUUUUGUUUAACAUCUAAAGAAUAUAUGUAGAUCUCUCGACCUCGUCUUCGUUGUCAACUGGAAUUAUAGAGGCCUAGUACUACUAGCUGUGGCUCGUCCGUAAUGGCAGUGUGGUCAUUAAGGAACCACAGUAACUGUGCAUCAUGUCAUCUAAAGAAUAUACUAGCAAUUGUGCACACCUAAUACCACGUGUCUGGAUAUUUGGCUUCGGGAAGCGAUCGAUUGAUUGGUUUGCACAGCAGACUGCUGCAGAUGUGAUGCUUGUUAGCUUGAGAAUGAUUGAAAAAUUGGGGACGAUUCUGAUGAGAGUUUUUUUGUGAAGACUUGGCGUGCUACAGAACUGUCUAAUGUAAUUCUCCUCAAUUUCGCGCACUAUGCGCGUGACUGCGGCGUCUUGGAAU